UGCAAACAGUAGGGGGAGAGAGCGAGAAACAGAAAUGGCGGCUCGAUAGUAUUCUCAGUGAGACAGUAAUAGACGCGAGCCUUGAUAGAACCGAGAGAAGCAGAGACGAAGAGAAUCAUGGUGAAUACGAGAAAGAGCUCCAAAUCCCUGCCAUGCAGUCCGUUCAUCUCAUCCAGGACGAGGUCGUCUGUCAGGAACAACCCCAGUUCGGAAGAACCCAGUCAUAAGGAGGCGAGCAGUGAUGUGAGCAGUCCCAGCAGCCCCCGCCUGUCCCCCCCCUCCAAGAGGACGCGGCGUCAGACACGCACCCCCAGCUCCAGUGACACAUCACCCAGCCCACAGAGCAAAGAACAGAGAGUCAGCUGGCACGUGCCACACUACUGCACCAGGUUGUCCUCUGGUGCUCUCCAGAAUGGACACACGCGUAUGAGCCAACGGGAGCGUGGGAGCGGAGAUGGAGGAGACGGAGACCACACCCACCUGAACGGGGAGGUGCGGAGCUGUCGCACCAGGAAGAGCACCUUUCAGCACCUCAACCAGAGCUUGCUAUUUGACCAGCUCAUCAACAGCACGGCGGAAGCGGUUCUUCAGGAGAUGGACAACAUCAGCAGCAUCCGGCAGAACCGCGAGGUGGAACGUCUUCGCAUGUGGACUGACACUGAGCUGGAGAACAUGGACAUGUACUCGCGUGUAAAAAGGAGAAAGUCGAUGCGGCGGAACUCGUUCGGGAUACAGACUCACCACAAAGCCCUCAGCAAGAAGGAGAGCCCAGCAGAGGAUGAGGAGGGGGGGAACACGGGGGAAUCCAACGAAGAGGCUGACGACGACGAAGACGAAGAUGACGGGGAGGAAGAGGACGAUGAAGACGACGAAGGAGACGAGGCAGAAGAGCCUGGCGAAGAAAACGACCGCCCGUAUAACCUCAGGCAGCGCAAGACUGUGCAGCGUUACGAGGCGCCCCCUAUAGAGCCCGUGAACAGAAAGCAGAGCACCAACUCCCUGUUUGACACACACAGGUCGCCGGCGCGGAGAAGCCAUAUCAGGAUUAAGAAGCAUGCCAUCCACAGCAGUGACACCACCUCCUCCUCAGACGAGGAGCGCUUUGAGAGGAGGAAGAGCAAAAGCAUGUCCCGUGCACGCAACAGGUGUCUACCAAUGAACCUGCGUGGUGACGACCUGACCAGUGGGGUGCUGAGGGAUCGGGCCAAAGUGGGCGCUAGCCUGGCAGACGUGGACCCCAUGAACAUAGACUCUUCCGUGAGGUUCGACAGUGUUGGCGGUCUGGAGCACCACAUUCGGGCGCUGAAGGAGAUGGUGGUGUUCCCCCUGCUCUAUCCCGAGGUGUUCGAGAAGUUCAAGAUUCAGCCCCCGAGGGGUUGUCUGUUUUACGGUCCUCCAGGCACAGGGAAGACUCUGGUGGCUCGGGCGCUGGCCAACGAGUGUAGCCACGGUGAUAGGAAAGUGUCGUUCUUCAUGAGGAAAGGAGCCGACUGCCUCAGCAAAUGGGUGGGAGAGUCCGAGAGACAGCUCCGCCUACUUUUUGACCAGGCCUACCUCAUGAGGCCCUCGAUCAUCUUCUUUGAUGAGAUUGAUGGUCUCGCCCCGGUGCGGUCCAGCAGGCAGGACCAAAUUCACAGUUCCAUAGUGUCUACCCUGCUGGCAUUGAUGGACGGGCUGGAUAGCCGUGGAGAGAUAGUGGUCAUCGGUGCUACCAACAGAAUCGACUCUAUCGACCCAGCCCUCAGGAGGCCCGGCCGCUUCGACCGGGAGUUCCUCUUCAAUCUGCCCGACAAGAAGGCUCGUAAGCACAUUCUGGAGAUCCACACACGAGACUGGAGUCCUCGGCUGGCUGAGUCCUUUGUGGAGGAGCUGGCGGAGACCUGUGUUGGUUACUGCGGUGCUGAUCUCCGAGCGUUGUGUACGGAGGCAGCCCUGGCAGCUCUGCGGCGGCGAUACCCUCAGAUCUACGGCUCCAGUGCGACGGGCCGCCGCUACCAGCUGGACGUGGGCUCCAUCGUGCUGGGGCCGGGUGACUUCGGCCGCGCCCUGCGUGCCAUCGUGCCUGCGGGGCAGAGGGCACUGGCGCCGCCUGGCAGGGCACUGCCCUCUCUACUGCGCCCCCUGCUGGAGGGAGGACUGCAGACGGCCCUCGGGGGCCUGCUCAGGGUGUUUCCACACGCAGAGAGACACACACACGCAAACUCAGACAAUCAGUUUCUGGAGGAGGACUUCUACAGUGAUGAGGAAGACACAGCAGCCCCCUCCAUCUAUGAUGUCCUUACAGCAUCUCCAAAAAAACACCAGCCCCCACAAAAACCCUUCCUGCAUUUUACCACGUCUGCCUACAUCCAGCCCAUGUCGUAUCGUCCGCGGCUGCUGCUAGCGGGGCCAGUGGGGUCGGGGCAGAGCACCCACCUGGCCCCUGCCCUCCUGCACCGCCUGGAGGAGCUCAGCACCCACCGGCUGGACCUGCCCACGCUGUACUCCACCAGCACCAAAACACCCGAGGAGUCCUGCGCUCAGGUGUUCCGGGAAGCUCGCAGGAGCGUGCCCAGUGUGAUCUACAUGCCGCACGUGAGCGAGUGGUGGGAGGCUAUCAGCGACACGGUCAGGAGCACCUUCCUCACGCUCCUGCAGGACAUCCCCUCCCUCUCGCCAAUCCUCAUCCUCGCCACGGCCGACUGCCCCUACACACAUCUGCCUGAAGGGGUAAAGUCCAUCUUCAGUCGUGCGCGCGGGGAGGUGGUGUGUGUGAGUCCAGCCGGAGACGAGGAACGCAGGAAGUUCUUCGGUGACCUCAUCCUGGUGCAGGCUGCCCAGGCUCCGCCCUGUCGCAGGAACACAGCAGUGGGUGUACCUGCGGUGGAGGUUCUGGAGCUGGAGGAGGUGGAGGGCCCGCGGCAGCUGUCUACAGAGGAGCGCCGCCGUCUGGAGGAGCAGGAGGAGAACACACUGCGCGAGCUGCGCCUCUUUCUCAGGGACGUCACACGCCGCCUUGCUACCGACAAGCGCUUCCUCAUCUUCAGCAAGCCCGUCGACAUCGAGGAGGUGGCAGACUAUCUGGAGGUCAUACGGCAGCCCAUGGAUCUGUCCACCAUCAUGACCAAGAUUGACACACACAAGUUUCUCGUUGCCAAGGACUUCCUGUCCGAUGUUGACCUCAUAUGCAGCAAUGCGUUAGAGUACAAUCCCGACAAGGACCCAGGAGAUAAGAUCAUCCGGCACCGGGCCUGCAGUUUGAAGGACACUGCCCACGCCAUGAUCGCCUCUGAGCUUGACCCUGAGUUCGACCGCAUGUGUGAGGAGAUCAAGGAGGCACGCAGGAAAAGAGCAGACCUGCAGUCGCCCCCGGCGACACAGCAGCAGGUGACCACCCCAAGCCCCGUGGUAACUAGGAAACCUGCAGGAGAGGAGGCUGCUGGGAGCAGCACUCAGGGCGAGGUGCUAGAGAAGCACUGCAGCAAUAACCAGUUGAAGCGUAAGGCUCCACGGCGAUCGUCAUGGAGGCACGGCAUCAUCAGGAAGAAGAAGAGCUACCUAAAGAAGGAGGCAGGGGAGGACCAAGACGAGGAAGAGGAGGAGCCCAACGGCUGGGCCGAGUCCGAGGAGGCCGGCUUGGGCAAGGACGGCGAGGAGGAAGAGGAGGAGGAAGAGGAGUCCUGCGAGCCGCCACCACCACCACCACCCCCCAUGUCCGCUGCCACCGACUCCACGCAGCACAACGGUCAUGCACUCUCCACGGAGGAGGAGAGCUCCAGCGAAGCCCUGGCCCUCAGGCACGACCCCCCCGACCCCGACCCGAACCCCGCCCACGAGCCUCAGGAGUGCGUCAACGGAGACGAGUCCAUGUCCAGUCUGGACAGUCAGGCGCCCCGAGGCGACCACGGACACACUGCGUCGCCCGCCCAGGAGGAGGGGCCCGGCGUCCUGGCGGGGCACUCUGGGAAGGUAGAGGAUGGGGCAGGGGAGGACAACGAGGGAGGAGGAGCUCAGGGAGAAAGAGAGGCCGUCCAGGAGGAGGAGUCGGAGUCCAUGCAGACGUCCGUCCCUUCAGCCAGUGAGUGUAGUGAGGGCGAACACGAGACGGAAGGUGGGUCCAGAACCCGGAAGUGCCGAAAAAGCCAAUCAGAAGAGCCCAGCAGCCAAAAGAGCCAAUCUGAAGAGCCGAGUAGUCAAAAGAGCCAGUCAGAACAGAACAUUAGUGAAAAGAGCCAAUCGGAAGAGCAGAACAGUCAAAAGAGCAAAUCAGAAGAGACCAGUAGUGAAGAGGGCCAAUCAGAAGAGCAGAGCAGUCAAAAGAGCCAACCAGAAGAACAGAGCAGCACUUCAGCUGAUAGGACAGAGGAUCUCCCUCAGCCUCCACCCCCGCCUGUCCUUGUGGUUGAUCACCAGCGACUCGCGGCUCUGCUGGAUGAGGUGGUCUUGAAGACUGCAGGGUUCAGUGUUGACGAACUGGAAAGACUCUACUCUCAACUCAGCCAAGCCAUCUACCUUCACCGCAGGGACUACAACAAGACACAGCUCAUAGAGGCGAUGGAGAGGCGCGUGCGGCAUUUUGAAACAUUCCUGUAAGAGGUGUGGUCUGACUGCACCACGAACUCUCCAAUCCGAGAGGAGACCAGCCUACUGAGCCACACCCCUCCCUACCCACUGAGCCACACCCUCUGGUUGCCGAGGUGUGCAGGUGUACUGUUUCAGUCUUAACAGGGGGGAAAGAGAAGAGAAAAAUAAACACAACAACAACACACAGACAACGUGUGACAAACAAAAAUGGAGGGGCGAGCAAGACCCACAAACGAGGAGAAAAGGAAAUGGCGAACUUGGUGCUAUCGUCUCAGGUACUCUGGAUAGAAUCAGUCUACAGAACCAAACUCAGCUCAGUCUUUCAUGCUCAUUCUCUCUCUCUCACACACACACACACACACACACACACACACACACACACACACACUCACAAAUACAUUAAUGCUGACUAGCAUUCUUGGUGCUAUUGGGUGCUACUGGGUGCUUCUGGGUGCUAUCGUUCUGUUUGCUGCUCCUUCGGUUUUUUUUCCACAGACAAAAAAAAAGGGAGAAGAAAAAGAAAGAAAAAACAAACAAAAACAAAAACAAAAACAAAAACACCAAAAGGAACAAUGUGCAGGACUGUGUGAUGUCUCGGCACGAGCCUGCCUCUGUUGUGAUGACGAGACCUCCCAAGUAUCCAGACGCACACCACACACACACAUACAUACACAUACACAGACACACACACAGAGGCACAGAUUCUCACCAGCAUUUGGAAAAUCCUUUUUGCGAAUGAGGUGGAAGGGUGGAGUGGUUUGUGACAUCAUCAUUGUCCAGACAAACCCCUCUUUAUCCAAUCAGUCCCUUCCACCGGUCUCUCCCGUAAUCUUUUAACUCUGUAGAUUUUUUCAACGUCAAAACUGUUUGGUAGCUUCAAGAAUAGAACUGUUGAUCAUUUUACUUGUGAAUUUUAAGAAGAAACAAAAAAAAAGUCUUUGAACAGUGAUUUGAAAUGGGUACCAGUUUUUCGUAGCCAUCACAGUCUCCCCUUCAAGGCGUGGAGUGGUUUUAAUCAGCCACCCUGUCACAAAAAAAAAAGCAUUAAACGAAGAGUGCUUCAGCUAUUCUUUAUUUCCAUAUUGGUAAGCUUUCAAGGUCCUGGGAUUUAUAUCUAAAGAGAGAGAAGAGAGUAGUUGCAAUUCUUUUUUGGAGACAUUGUUUUUGUUUGAGUUGUGGAGUCGGUCUAAACAAGAAUCAUCACCUCUAAAUGGUUGUGACCUCUAACCCUGUGACCUUCACAUGACCUUGGUAUGACCUUUAGCUGAUGACCUCUGCUCCUAUUGGUGGGUUAUCCAACCUAGCCAGGCUAACAGGUUGAUAACUGUCUCUAUAACACAUGCAGAUACUCACUCAUACACACAUAGUAGAGUGACACUCAUGCACUCUCUCUCUCUCUCUCUCUCUCUCACCACACACACACACACACAAACACACACUUUCUCCAGCUCAGUGAAAACCCAUGUCAUUGCCAUCUUGCCUCCGCCAUAGACACCCAUGCGUGUGUACACACAUGCUCUCACACCGACAGAUAUUGGUGUCCGCUCAAUAUGCAGACGGUGCUAAAGGGUGUGCUGGUUGUCCUGCAGAGUUUGAGCUGUGGCCCAGCACUGACCCUGAUCUGGAUCUGACAUGGCAGAGUGAUGUAGGUGCUGGUAUGUAGAGACCAGUCUAUUUAGAGGCAUUAAGAUUAUAGGUAAUUUUCAGUGCUCAUGAUUAAGCUAGUGCUAAACACAUACACACACACACACACACACGCAUUGGUGAUAUGGCUAUUUCUACAGUGUAGAUUAGAUCACAUCAGGUAUUGAAAGAAGCAUUAUUUUCUGUUGGCUGGUGACAUCCAUCUAUGUCUCUCUCUCUCUCUCCCUCUCCCUCCCUCCCCCUCGCUGUCUCAUUGUUCUUCUCUAGUGAGUUUUGCUGUGUGUUGCAGAGCGUAGGCUGAGGGGUUGAGAAGUUGUCCCUCUCGCUGGGCGGUGGCGGCCCAGAGCUGAUGUAGUUCUGACCCUCCUCUUAGCUACUCUGUCCCAGGGGUCCCAAGGGCUAUGUGUGUGCGACAUCUAGCACCCCGCAUUCACUCUUUCAUAGGAAAGCUGAAAUAUUCCUGACUGCAGAUGCACAACAUGUCUAACGACAGCCUCUAGAAUCACUUACACAUGGAGAGAGGGAUAGAGAAGCCUAGAGACGGAAUGAGAGAAGGAGAGAGGGAUAGAGAAGCCUAGAGACGGAAUGAGAGAAGGAGAGAGGGAUAGAGAAGCCUAGAGAGAGAAUGAGAGCAAGAAGGAGGGAACACAUGGCUACCUCAUCUAACCUCUGGGUUAACCAUAGAGAGUAGAGAGUUUAAAGUGUAUGUGUGUGUGUGUGUGUGUGUGUGUGUGUGUGUGUGUAUGUGUGCGUGCGUGUGUGCGUGCGUGCUUCAGAGGUUUUAAAUAGGCAUCUCUUGCAGCUCAGAAACAUCGAAGCUGGGACACCAUAGUAAAAACACCCAUAUAUGUCUACAAACACAAGUCCAGUGUAUACUCAUGCAACACACACUUGGUGCAAGACCCACACUCAAAUUACAAACCCAGCUGCUGUACAAAUCACAGGAUUCCUCUGUUGUUGUUUUUGUUUUUAUGUACGCAUAUGAGCCAGAGAAGAUACAGCGGCACCUGUAGACGGAAGUAGAUACGUAUGUAUGGUGUGGACAUCCCUCUCUCUUUUUUUGUAAAACGUUAAAACCUACCUUUUUGUUUCUGUCCCACACACACACACACACACACACACACACACACACACACACACACACACACACACACACUGCCUAAAGUCCCCAUAGGUCCCUCAUGCUCCUCUGGUCCGUCAGCAUGAAGACAGCCUUUUCCCACACUUUUGUCCUUUCUCUCUUUCACUCUCUUUGUGAUAUUUAUUAACAGGAUAAUUAUUACGCGGCGUUUUACAGGCAGAUAUACAUUUAACGUUUUUGUACUUUUUUUAAAAAAGGCAACUAAUUGGAGAAAUAAUUGUUACUGGAGUUUGAAAACUUUGUGCUGAACGGUGAAGAAGCACAUUGGUGUAGCAGGUGUUUUUGUUUGUAUGUUUGAUUGUUUGCAUUUUUUUUUUUUUUUUUUUCGAGGAGAAGCUGGUCAGAGGUUUACAUGGUCUCAGGUGUCUACUGCAGUAACCGAUGGCGACUGACUGUUGGUCAGAUCUGACACAUGGUCGGACGCCAUCUCGGAAUGGUCUAUUUAUUCCUUUGUAAUUAUUAUGACAUUGACGACGAUAUGAUUUUCUCUUCUGAAUUUUUUUUUUUGUCCUUUGUUUGCUUUUCGGUAACAGACUGCUGGACAGGACGAUGCUGAGUAUCAAGCCAAUGUGAUUUCGAAUUUGAUAGUGACCACACACACACACAAACUCUCACACACGUAUGCAUAGCACGUCCUCCCAGUAUAGACCCUGUGUUAGUGUAGUGCUCUGUUUACUACUGUGAUCCCCUUUCAUUCACACACACACACACACACACACACACACACACACACACACAUACUUACAUACUAAUCACUAACAUUCUCACCUGGACAUAACAGCUCUAAUCUAAUCAUUGCAUGUCAUCUGUGAGUGUGUGUGUGUUUUGCUUAUCAUUCUCUUCCUAUUAUGGCUCAUUCUUGUCAGUGUAGUAGGUGUUUGGAUGGUGCCGUAUGUCUUGUUUAUUGAGGGCAACACACACACAUCACACAUACAAACACAGAGACACACACACACACACAUUAACUCUUUAUGUUUCAUUAUAUAAUGAAAUGUCAUUGGAUGUGACAGAAUGCAGACUCUAGUUUUUCCUCCUUAGGAGGUUGAGCUUAGUCUUUUUUUUUAGACACAGCUGCCAAAAUCCACCGUAGGGAUGCUAGGCCAGUCCUGGACCAGACCUGAACCAGUCCAAACCAGUCCUGAUCCUCACUGGUCUCUGUCUGAACCAGUCCUGAUCCUCACAGGUUUCUGUCUGGCUUUCAAAAGUGAAUCCGCAUGUGGCCCAGAGCUGCAGCCAAAGCCGUCGGAAACUCACCUGUCUGAAUCUCACUUGGAGUCGGUAUCCCACGGUGAUGCCCUAGGCAGACGAGUAAACAAAAACAUUGAUCGUUGCAACAGAGGUGUCUGCACAAGUGCUUGGUCCAGUAGGCAGAACGUUUGUUUGUUCGCUUUGUCUUUCUGUUUUUUCUUUUGAAUUUCAACGUACUACAUCCUAUUAUUAGGUGAUGUUUGACUGAUAUUGUAGUUUUGUGGGGGAUUUUUUUUUUCUGUUGUUGUUUUGUAGCAUUUGCCAGAUAUUUUUAUUCUGAUUAUCAUUUAUGAAAUAUUGUUUUUUUUUUUCCUUUUCAUCUCUAGAGUUGCUUAUAUAAACACCUAAAAUAUCCUCUCCUCUCCCAGCAUUACUCUUGAGUUCUAUGAGGUGAAUUGCAAACAUUUUACUGUAAUUUUCCAAAAUUAAAAACUGCUGUGACAUACUUGAAAUAAAGGUGCAAAAUUGUUGUCUACGUUAAAGCGCUUUCCACUUUCACUUUGUUUUGUACGACCUCAUUUUUUUUAUUUUGCACUAAACACCUGGCUUGUGAAUCAAUAAAAUGCAUUUGGGUUCCUAAA